CAAUAUGUUACUUUUGGAAUUGAAAAUAUUUGCUGAGAUAAUUUGAAUGAAAGAGGAAUAUAUUUGUAUACUGUGCAUGGUAAGGUGUUUUGAUUCACAAUGUGUUGUAGCUUCUAGAAGGUGUUGCCGACAGAAUCAGGGACAAGAAGUAUGCGGUGCGACAUGCUUCUGUAAAGGGUCUUGCGAAGUUGUACAAUCAUGUUCUAAGUUCUUAUGAUGAAAGCGUGAAUGAGAGGUUACAACAAAUCAACUGGAUUCCUAGUAAAAUAUUACACUGUUACUACUUGCAAAGCAUAGAAGACAAGUUGCUUGUAGAGCAAGUAGUUCACAUGCAAGUAAUACCCAUGUGGCAGGAAACUGAAGACGGUCGACAGAUGACACCAGAUCAACAGCGAUCCGACAGGGUGCUAACUAUGUAUUCCUCACUGGAUGAUUCAGCAUGUCGUGCAUUUCGGGAGAUUUUGAGAACGCAGACACACAUUAGUGGCAUUUUCAAAGAUAUUGUUGUCAAACACACUGAGGAUGAUGAUGAGGAAGAAGAGGAAAGAGAACGAAUUAGGAUGUCUCUUACUACAAGACUAGCAGCAUAUCUAGAAGAUCCUUUAAGAGCAAAAGAACAUUUGUCUCAGCUAUGGAGCAAAUUGAACGAUAAGCGUUUGAGUUUGUGCCUGAAGACUGUUACCAGUAGAGAAUCAUCAUGUUCUGAAGUUGCUCAGGCUGCGCUUGAAACUUUACGGAAACUAGGAGAAAAAAGCCCAAUUCGUCACACGGUGGACUCUUUGUUCCAUCGUGCAUCUUUCAGAGUAGUUGAUGGCAAUGCUAUCCUUCUGUUGCUGAAAAAACUAAAACAGCUGUUGGAAAAUGUUGAACAUGCUGCAGGAGACAUUGGGAGUGAGGAUAAACGGUCUAAGAGAGACAAUGGUGUAGUGGUUGAUGUGACAAGUGCUGUUCAUCUUAUCCAGAUACUUGGUGAAGUAUGUCCUUGGUUGUUUACUACAUCAGAUGCCAUUCACAUUCUUCUUGUUCUUGCCAAUGAAAAGGAAGAACUCGUUGCAACAACAUCGUUGCAGAUUUUGACAGCGGUUGGCAAAGAAGAGCUGACAAAGACUUUACGAGGACUUGCAGGAACUGUAUCUAAUGUUGUGAACAAGCUGGCUCUUGAUGGCAGUCCCCAUCAAGCAAAGUGUGGAUUGAGAGCAGUUUUAAGUAUAAAUUCAGGUGUGGAUCGGUUCUUUACACAACUUUACAAGUUGUCAGGAGAGAUUGAAAUGUGCUUAAAUCAAGCAGAAGCUGCCAGAGAAGCCUGGCUAAGUGAUAUUAAAGAAAUAAUUGCAUGUUUGGAAAGGAGGUUUGAGACCACAGAUGGCAGAGAACAGGCUAUCCGGAGGUUUGAAGAAGUCCAGCAGCAACCUGAUGAAGUUCUCUCCACAUAUUUGUUUCGGUUGCGACAGAUGGCAGUCUAUGCAUUUGCAAAUGAAGUCUCGGAAAGGAAGCAGUCUCAGUCCAAAGGGAAGCUGAAAAAUAUAACGAAAAUCCUCAAUGUAGCAGAAGAAGCCAGAUCAAUUCAAAUGGGAAUGAGAGCAGCGGUACCAAUGACAGUAACAGAAGAUAGUUUGAACUGCCUGAAAGGGUCACCAGUUAUGACGUGUAAGAGUGGUGGAGGUGAGUUGGUUCAGGUAAAAGGACAAAGAUGCAGAAAUGUCCAGUUGACUGGAACACAUUUGAAAGUUUUCCAGCUACGGACUUGGAAGGUGACAUUCGAUUUUCAUGAUAUGAAGUUGGUUUCUGGAAGUGGAGAAACAGAAUUUGUGUCAGUUCCAGCUGGAAGUGAGAUGUUUAUCUCGUGUACAGCACGAGGCAUGAGGCAAGGACAAGAAUAUGUAGUAGAACCAUUGAAAAGCCAUGAGUCAAUGGUCAAACCACCGCAUUAA